CGUGCUAGUGUUGGUUCUGCAAAAAAUACAGGUGUAGCGAGUGUUCUGCCUUCUUCUGUUCUUAUUCCUUCUGGUAAUGGUGAAAUGAUUCCCACUACUGUUCUUCAACUACUUAAUAUGGUCACCCCUGAAGAAUUAGUAGACGAUGAUGAAUAUGAAGAUAUUGUUGAUGAUGUUCGUGAAGAAUGCUCUAAAUUCGGUCGUGUGAUUGAUAUGAAGAUUCCCAGACCUGGUAGUGCGUCAAUAUCGGGGCUCGGCAAAGCAUAUGACUCGAUGUCAAAAUAUCCGUUACCAUUUCAACACCCGGCUGAAGCGGCUAUUCUAAGCGGUAUUGGACCUGGAAUUUGUCAAAGAUUGGAAAUGAGAUUAAAACAACAUUGUGAAGAAACUGGUCAGCCCCCUCCACAACGUCCUGACAGCUUAGGUUACAGUGAUGAACCCGAACCUAAAAGGCAGAAGACUACUACCGCUUCCAAAGUCUAUGUUCCUAAAUAUCGGUCAGGUGCCUAUGCAAUAAUGUUAGCACUUUAUAAAUCAUCCGAGAUAGAUUCAAAUCCCAAUAUGACAAAGGCAGAUCUCAUUAAAGAAGCACAACGAUAUUGUGAUGCCUCUUUUGAUAUACCAAGUGGCAAGCAAAAAUUUUAUACAGCAUGGAAUUCCAUGAAAACUUUACUUGACAAAAAUUAUGUUUAUAAAAAUGAUUAUCCUUCAAGGUUUUCAUUAACAGAAUCUGGUCUACUGGUUGCUCGACAAAUGGUGGAAACAGCCAAUUUACAAGGAAACAAUCCAUUUUCAAACUUUCCUUCAACUCAGCCUGCAAAUUUGGACGAUACUGUAGUACAUACUACCAGUUUACAAGGAAACAAUUCAUUUUCAAACUUUCCCUCAAUCCAGCCUGCAAAUUUGGAUAAUACUACAGUACAUACCGUAUUACCAACAAAAAUUGAAAAUCAUACAGUAGAAAAAAAACCAAUUAUUAUUGAUUUGAGGGAAAGUUCUGAUGAAGAGUGUUAUAUUCAGAAGGAAUCUAAACUUCCUUCGAAUGAUUCAUCUGGCUUUAAACCUUUAUACAAAAGCUCCUCUUCGGACAUUCACUCAGAUCAGGCUGUAACGUUAGAUAACACUACAGUAUACAAUGUAUUACCCACCAAUAUUAAAAAUCAUACCAUAGAAAAAACCCCGGUUAUUAUUAAUUUAGAGGAGAGUUCAGAUGAAGAAUUUUGCAUUCCAAAGGAAUUUAAGCCUUUCUUGAAUGACAUAGCUAAAUCUAAACAUUCAUGCGAUCAAGUUGAUAAUAAUAAACAUGCACAAUCAGUCCCGACUACAAUGUCUUUUGAUUCAAAUUCAUCCACUUCAACUGUUUUAACCAAUUUUAAUCCUAUAGUGUGGGAAUCUGGUACAUUUGAAAUAAUCUUGGUUUUGGAUACGCGGGAAGUAAAAUUAAAGAAAGAUCGUGACUAUAUUAAAGAUACAUUGCAAGAGAAGGGUGUUCCUAUAUCUGUAAGGAAUUUAGAGCUUGGAGAUGUUAUUUGGGUAGCUCGAAAAAAUACAACUUCGCCAAUGGAAGAGCUUGUAUUGGACUACAUUUUGGAAAGAAAACGAAUGGAUGAUUUGGUUGGAAGCAUAAAAGAUGGUCGAUUUAGAGAACAAAAGUUUCGGCUUUCAAAAUCUGGAGCAAGUCAAAUAAUUUAUUUAAUUGAAGAUUAUAAUCUCGAAGAAGUAGCAGAAUUUGGAAUAGAUGCCAUUAAAACUGCUAUCUCAUCAAUACAAAUGUUAAACGGUUAUUUUUUGAAACGGACUGCUACAAUUGAUCAAAGCAUUGAUUACUUGGUUAGAAUGACUAGAAUGCUCAAGGCUAUGUAUGAGGUUCGUGGACAUCAUCAAGUGGAUCGUUCUGUUUUUGAAUUUGUUACGAGAUAA